CAUUAAAGCUCGACGCUUUCUUUAAUAGGGAAAACGAAAGGUUAUUGAGGUGUACAAAAAGCAUGUAUUAUGUUUAAAUAAAAUUACACUACUGGGAAAUCCAACGCAUGAAAUGCUUUUGAAACUACUUGAGAACUUAGAAGCCAUUGAAUACUAAGAGGAUUGGCUUUUUAAUGAGUUGUAGAGAGAAUUAAAAACCAAAUGGACAUCUGAUUUUCGUCUUUCUUCCUAGAAACGAUAUAGACAAUUAUUCGAACUGUAACAUCAUAAGCCGAUUGAUUUUAAAAACUACCGAAACCGAAAGUAGCAUAGGUCGAAUUCCAAUUGCGUUGUGUGUAAUUGGAUGUUCUUACUAAAGCAGACAAAAUGGACGGAGGUGAAGAGGAAUCGGUAAAAUGGUCAGAAAGAGACGUUUUUGUACGGAAAGAAGAUGAAAAAUCUGGAUGUAUAGAUAUACAUUCCGCGGAAAAGACUGGCUUUAAACAUGGAUGUUCAGUGUAUCGUAAAUCUUUACUAUUAUUAUGUUGGACAAUUUCUCUUGUGUUAGUGGUUAUAUCAGGGAUUUUACUCUUAUGCAUUGUAAAGACUAAUCACAGGAACCAAUAUGAAAAACCAAUGCAUUCAAAACUUUCGUCAGAACAAAGGGCGGGAGAUAACUCUGUGUGUGUUCCAUGCCAGGGGAAGGAAAUUUUUGGAACUGCAAGCUAUUCUUUUCUUUCUAAUAAAUUGUGCUGUACAAAUAGUCAGUCUCUGAAUACAUUGAUGAAACUGCUUGUAGGACAAUCAAAAGAUAAAGGGAGAAAGGAAUUGAUUAAAGAAAGAACGAUUAUAAAUGCUGGUUCACAGAUCAACAACUUCACAGUACCUUCAUCCGGGCUCUACAGCGUGUAUUUUCACUUGAUAAUCCGGGUUCCUGCGAACUACAACAGCUCCAAAUGUUCCGUAAAAAUUUCCGUACUGGACAAAUCCAGCUCCCGCGUCCUGUCCCAGGGGGUCCUUCUAGAGAAACCUCUGCCGACGGGAGGGUACGAGAGCGUAGUGCUGUUUGAAACUGUGCGGCUGUUGAGAGGAAGUUAUGACGUACAUAUUGACGUUUCUGAUGACGAACUUUUAUAUAGAUAUCCCGGUAGCACCGGUAUCACUGUGUACAAAAUCUAAUUGAAUGUUGUUAAUGUAUGGGUAUUGUAAUAACGAAAAAUAAGUUAUUAAUCAAUGAAAAUCGUGGUUAUUGUUUGGUUAACAAAGCAUUUCAUUUUACGAUAAAAACAUUUAUAUUGUACAUGUAUUUAAUUGGUUGUAACUUUUCAAAGCACACAGAUGUGAUGAUUAAUAACGCCUUUUUUUAUGUAUUUCGUCCAUCUACAUGUUUAUAAAUUAUAUUUAACAUGUGUAACAUUCUAAUAAAAUUGUUCUAUGAAUUGUAUGAAAUAUUCGUAGACUUUUAGCACAUAGCACAUGGGCUAUGAACAAACAUAACCAUUAAAAAGUAGCAUACGCCGGGCACAUCAAAUAUCGAUUCGGAAAGCUCAGCAGUGACUUAGCGUCAAAUUUCAGUUGCAAUUCUUAUUUUGCACAUUUAGUUUUUCUAAAGUUUCGUUUCGUUUGAAUAAAACUAAAAAAAAGUUUUCAUGUCAUUUGAAAAUCAAUAAGACGCCCAGGUAAACAUCCAGCUGCUGUGCGUUCAGUGAAAGUUAACAAAUGAAUAUUAUCUUUAUUAGAGCCAUUUUGUUUUUAAAAUUACUAGAGCAGUGCAGGGCAUGCAUAUACAUAAUACAUACUUAUUAUCAGUACUAAAAAGACAUGCUGAUAUCAUUAUCUUAAAUUCUAUUUAAAUGCACAUUUUUUUAAAAACUUAUUUUCAGUGCAUGCAGGUCAUCGGUGUGCGGAUUUCCCGCUCUACUUUCGUUUUCAUAACCAACAAUGAAAGGUCGAGCGACUCGUUAACCUACAAUUGUAUAGUUACAAGAUGAUUUGAUGAUAAUGUGUCAAAUUACAUGGGCACGAUGUAAUUAAAAGCCCGAUGGACGUGAUAAAACAGUUUCCGUCUAUUUUGGGUGCAAUCACA